UGAAACCCAACUAGCUAUGGUAUCCCCCCUCCCCCCUUGGUGAACCGGAGGAUUCUGAGGUGGAAGAAAUUAUCAUGGAGGAGCCCGCCUACUCAUGUUAAACCUGCACAGGAGAUUUAAGGAACCUUUAAUCAAGAGAUUGUGAUUGAUUCAUACUCAAUUCAAAAACCUAUACAUGGAAGAGCAGUUGAUGAUUAAAACCUUUUGAAGAUCAUUCAAAGAAGUACCUAUGAGGCUAUGAUCCAUCACUCUCAGCAAAGAGCUAUUGUUCAGAUGGUGCUUUCUGUUUCCCGGAUGAUAUCCAAAAAUGGAAAGCAGAUCAAUCUGCCUUAUCCAAGAAAGUGGCAACAAUCAUCAAUAAAUCUAAACACAGACAAUCAGGUAAGGUAGAGGAGAUUCCAGGAAGUAAUAAUAUUAUAGAUGACGAAGGUUCCAUUAAGGUUGCAAGAAAAAAGAAAAGACAACCUUUACAAAUUGUACCUGAUACUCUGCAAUUUACUAGGGCUGCUGCAAAGAAGCUCUCUCAAACUUUCUCCAACUGUUCACAAUGAAUUGUCUCAUAUGGAAUGUUCGGAAUGUUCGUGGCGUUGUUUGUUCCUGUCCAAGGUUACGAGAUGUCAUUAGACAUUUGAAUAUUAAAAUUAUUGCUAUCAUGAAGCUUAUUGUAGAUGCUUCUAAAAUUGCCUAUUUCUCUCUGGAACUUGGUUUAGACAAAAAAAUUUCUUUCCCAUAUAAUAAGAUCUGGAAUUUUUGGGAGACUAGAUCUGUUGAUGUUACGAUUAAUUCUUUUGAUAAGCAAUAUAUCCAUGUGAGGGUUGCUACUGAUUCCUAUUCCUUUUCGUUUACUUCAAUCUAUGUUGAUCAUAGCUAUAUUGAAAGAAGUAAACUAUGGAAAACAAGGAGGAGUGGUCUACUAAACAGGUCUUGCUUUUGACUAAAUAUAAUCAGGAGAAAUCUUUCUGGAAACAGAAAUCUCGUAUCAAAUGGUUGAAGGAAAAGGGAUGCCAAUACUCAAUUUUUUCAUGAAUUUGUUAAUAUUAGGAGGAAAAAGCAGUACUUAUUUUCUAUUAAAGACUCUUCUGGUCAAGUGCACACUAAUCCUGAGGCAAUUGGGAAAGUGGCUGAAGACUAUUUUGGCAAAAUCUUUGCUGAAGAGACUGUACAAGAUGUGAAGGAGCUAGCUCCUGCAAUUCAUUCCCAGGUUAGUUGAUGAAUCUGAUAACACCUUGUUGCUACAGUUUCAUAUGUUUUUUUUGGACUGUUUACCGAGAAACACCCCGGGCUUAAGGCUAUCUAUGACUUGAAGAACACAUGGGGGUUAGUUGCAUUGUCAAAACCCAUCAAAGGGGGUGGGUUAUCUUUAAAUUUCAUAAUGAAGAAGAUAGAGAAAAAGUGUUGAAAGGGGGGCCUUAUACCAUUUUUGGCAUACAACUCAUGCUAAAAGCACUCUCCGAAGAUUUUUCGUUUGAGGAUGAUGAAUUUACAUAUGAAACUUUGGAAUGAGGAUGCGAUGAGUGAGGUUGCUUCCAUGGUUGGGGUUCCAUUAUCUACGGAUAAAGUUACUCAGGAUAGGAGCAAUAAUUUCUAUGCUAGGGUAUUGAUUGAGGUUAAUGUAUCCAAACCACCGCCGCUGUCAUUUCCUAUCCGGCUACCGUCCCGUAAGGUAGUCAAUCAAUCUGUGGUUUAUGAGACUUUCCCCAACUUCUGUUUCCAUUGCAAAGAAUAUGGGCAUCACCCAUUUAUUUGCAAGAAAUUGGCAACACAAGAACGGGAAAAGGCUAGAGAAGAAAAGGAGGAGAAGACGUGGAUUGAGGGCAUGGGGGCGGAAUUAAAGGACAAGGAGAAGUUACAAGUGAAGAAGGUUGAGAUCCAACAAAGUACCUUGGAGAAAGAAGUAAGGGCUGAUGACGUCGAGGCCGAGGAGGAGGAGGAUGGAAGCGAGUCGGAUACAAUGCAGGACUGUGCAUCGCAGGAGAUGGGGCAAAUAUCCUCACUGAACAUGAACACCUCCUCACCGAAAGACUCGGAAAAUGAGGAAUCAGACUCUAGAAGAAUAGGCCUGAGUGCCGAUGAUUGUAAAAUCUUUGAAGAAUGUAAGAAAAAAAUUAUGGAACCGAGGAUGAAAAUGGAGGAAGCUAGAGACAAAGAACCUGCUCAAAAGGGUUUGGGCUAACAGUCUGUUUGUUUUUAUUUAAGGAGGAUGUGAUGUGAUGAUAACUCUUCUGUUUGUUUUUCUUUUUCUUGGAGGAUGUGGUGUGGUGAUAACUCUGUUUCAGGGUGAUGCAUUAUAUUUAGGUUAGAUUUCUUUUUCUAACUUAGAUAGCCUUUCUUUUGAUCUUGUGUGACACAUUGUAUAAUGUUAUUUUUGGGUGUUUAAUACAAUUACCGUUCAUCCCAAAAAAAAU